AGGUUGUAAAAGUAUACUAGACAUUUACAGAAUAAAUCAUAUCUAGUUUGAUGUUUAUGUGACAAACGGUGAAUUAGUUAUUGAUUUAUACCGGAGUAGCCUACAAGGCAUUUCAUACUGAUAUAUUUUUUAAGAGCUCAACCUACUCGCGCAUCGAUUGGCCAGGUGGACUCUUCUGUCGGUUUUCAUUGGCUUGUGGUAAUAGUAUUUCACUCAUGUUUUGCCAUGUAAUUUCCWAUGAAUAUUGUGUGUGGUUGCUGGCAUAGGUGCGGAUCAUUUAUAACAUACGAAGGGGAGAAAGGCAGUUGUCCACAAGAGAGGAUGCGCAUAAAAUAAUACAUUUUUUCUCCUCGCUCCCUUGCGAAUGCGAUGAUGUGGGAAUGGAAUUUCUAACUGAGACAGGAGUUGCGUGUCCAAAAUGUAGACGUUUGCAUGUAACCAAGAGAUGAGGAUAAACCACUAAGAAUGUUUUGCACAAAAUUGAAAGACCUGAAAAUCUCUGGAGAAUGCCCAUUCGCCGGUAUUGGUCGUGUGGACGAACCCGGAGACUUUGAGGAACGUACAAGUGACCAUACCGGGGAUGUACUGGCAAUUUCCAAGGAUGUGUAUGGACAUGUAUCGGAGGUGCUACCUCAAAGGAAGACAAGCAAGACUAGAGUCAAUCUUCAUUCUUUGGGGGAGAGCAUCCGCAAAUUAGCAUGUCCCGAGUUUCAAAGACUGCAUACUGCCUUUCUGCAAAUGAUGAAACAGCAUACGUUAGACAAMAAAUGCCCUUCCGUGUGUUAUGCAGACAUCUGUCAAGAUAGGACCUUUGAUCGACCAGAGCAUUUACUGGAGAUCAUGAAGAAUUAUUCUCUCAAAACAGGUAUUCACAUGGACGCUUUGAAAGUCUCCCUUGGCGAGGAGCUGUUCCAAACGUGCUUCGACGAGGAUGGCCAUAUUCUGCGGGUGGUGGGGGGAGCCCUCAGCGACUUCCUGAACAGCUUCAAUGUCCUGUUGAAACAGGGCAGCGUCCCAAACCCGCCAGAACCAGCCGCUCUGCAAGCCAACCCAGAAAGAAUAACAGAUCAUGUAAACAACGAAGCAGCGUCGGUGCUGUGCCUGGACAAGGAUCUGGGUCUGCACACCGUCUACUACUUCAACCCCGGGCAGACCACGGAGUUCUUCUUCCCCGGGGUCAUCAAGGCGGCCGCCCGCCUGCUCUACGACACCACCGUGGAGGUGUUGAGGGUCAUGGAGAUGGAGAUGGACCUUCAAGGAGGCACCAAGGAGAGCGUAAGCCCCUUGCAGUUCCAAGCUGGGCCCCGGCAGCCCAGCCUGCUCUACUCGGUGGUGGUGAAGGAUGCCAAGAGCCUGAGCCCCAGUCCCAUGAGGGCCACGUCGGUUGGGACCAUGCCCACCUCGCUCUUCUCUUCCACCUUCCCCUUCCACCUCUUUCUGGAUCAGGACCUGGGCCUUUUGCAAAUCGGGGACGGCCUCCGGAAGAGGCUUAGCCGGAAGGAUGGCCUGAGGCGGCCCGCUGCCUUCCAGGAGCACUUUGCCAUCGUCACGCCCCAGAUCAGGUGCACCUUCCAAGGCAUCUUGACUAUGCUGAACACACAGUUCAUCAUUCGGAUAAAGCACCAAGGGGGCUCCAUGGCCGAUGACACGGGGAGGCUCAUGGACCUUAAAGGCCAGAUGAUCUGCAUCUCAGAGUCCAAUGCCAUCCUCUUCCUGGGCUCGCCGUGCGUAGACAAGCUGGAGGAGCUGACUGGCCGUGGCCUCUACCUGUCUGACAUCCCCAUCCACAACGCCCUGCGCGACGUGGUCCUGGUGGGCGAGCAGGCCAAGGCCCAGGAUGGCUUGAAGAAGCGCCUAGGCAAGGCCAAGGCGGCCCUGGAGCACGCUCACCUCGCCCUGGAGGAAGAGAAGAAGAGGACGGUGGAUCUGCUUUUCACCAUUUUCCCGGGGACGGUGGCCCAGGAACUUUGGCAAGGCCACACGGUGGAUGCCAGGGAGUUUGAGCAUGUCACCAUGCUGUUCUCGGACAUCGUGGGCUUCACGGCCGUGUGCUCACGCUGCACGCCUAUGCAGGUGGUCACCAUGCUCAAUGAGCUGUACACACGCUUUGACCACCACUGCGGGGAGCUGGAUGUAUACAAGGUGGAGACUAUCGGUGAUGCGUACUGUGUGGCUGGUGGCUUGCACAAGGAGAGCGAGACUCACGCAGUGCAGAUUGCCCUCAUGGCGCUGAAGAUGAUGGAGCUGUCCGAUGAGGUCAGGACGCCCACUGGCGAGCCAAUCAAGAUGCGAAUUGGCCUGCACACUGGCUCAGUUCUGGCCGGUGUUGUUGGCGUGAUGAUGCCGCGCUACUGUCUGUUUGGCAACAACGUCACAUUGGCAAAUAAGUUUGAGUCCUGUAGCGUACCUAGAAGAAUCAACGUUAGCCCCACAACCCACAGAUUGCUGAAAGAUUGUCCAGAGUUCGUCUUCAUUCCCCGGACCAGACAGGAUCUUCCGCCAAACUUCCCGCCGGAUAUUCCUGGUGUUUGUUACUUCUUGGAGACUUUUGAUCAAUGGUCGGGCAAAACCACAAGUGACUGUGAGACUGAUGAACCAUGCUACAGCAAUACAAACUUCAUGGUUGAGCAAACAUAGAUAGAUGAUGAGACACAGCCAAACCUGGCAAUUUAAUA